GGCUAUAAUGGUCGUCCAUUUGACGAUUGCGGGCCAGGUGGUAGUGGAUUCAUUCGCCACGACUUUGAUCACUAUCAGGCUGGUCAUGAGGAACGUGAUCGUGAUCGCGACCGUGACCGUGAGCGCGAUCGUGAGAGAAUUGACCGUGACCGAGACCGGGACCGUGACCGAGAUCGCGAGAGGGACAGAGAGCGAGACCGAGAGCGAGACCGCUUUGGAUCACGCGGCCCUCCUCAUGGCAUAUCUGCGCCUCCUGGCUCCCAGUGUGGGGGACCAAAUGGGAUCACUAGUGGUUCUAGUAAUGGCAGUGGCCACGCAAACUUCGUUCCGAUUUCUGGGACAUUGCAGCCUACAGCAAUAGGAAUUCACCAACCGGCUUCUAGCUCCCUAGCCUCCCCGCCCACAGCCCCAUUACCUUCGGCCUGGGAGCUGCCUGCUGGUCUGAUGCUCGACUUGAUCCGCUUGAAGGACACAGACGUAACUCAACCACUGUCUCAGCCCCGACUACAUCGAAUCCGGUUACCUAAGCCAGAAACGCCCAGCGAGCGCCUCUUAUCUGCUGUUGAGACCUUUUAUCAACCACCAUCGCAUGACCGCCCCCGGGACGCAGAAGGGUGGGAGAAGCUGGCGCUACAUGAAUUUUAUAGGGCCAAAGAGCGGGCUGUUGAUAAAAAGAAACGCAGGGAACUAGAACGAGAAAAACGCGUGAGCGAGUUGCUAUACUAA